AUGCCCGUACUCAGCGUGAAUACAAUGAGAGCCAUAUUAUUACAGCACGCAGGAUUGAACAGAGUCCUACGGGGGAGUUUCUGGUACCAGAUUCCGAGGAGUUGGGGUGUGUCAGAUACUGUGUGGUGUAUGACUGUGAGACCAGCUCUUUGGACUGCUGUGACUACGAGGAAGAGGAAAAAGAAAAAGGGAGCAGUGCUUCUUCAGAGACUGAAAACAGUGACUCAAGUUCUGUAUGUUCACAGAAUGCUGAGGAAGGAACUGCUGUCCAGUAUGCCAGAAGCUUAGAGCAGUUCACCCGCCAUCCCGUGCUCAUCCUGAGGGGAGGAUACAAGCGUUUUUCAGCUUGCUAUCACUUUCUGAGGACUCAAAAGAUAUUGUGGAUGCCUCAGGAACUAGACAACUUCCAGCUAUACCCUGUAGAAAUACUGCCUGCAAAGUUAUAUAUGGGCAAUUUCAAGCAGGCCUGUGACCAACAAAUUCAGAAAGAUUUGAAGAUCAAAGCACAAGUCAAUAUCUCUGAACAGCCUGCCACACUAUUUGCAGAAGGCAGCAAAUGCCUCCAUAUAUCUGUCCCAGAUUCGCUCGAAGCAGAUCUUUUUUCUUCCUUUGCCACCGUUUGUCAUUUCAUAGAUGCUCAGCUGGAUCGUGGAGCAGUACUGGUGUUCUCCAGCCUGGGGAUAAGCCGGAGCAGCACAGUAACCAUGGCCUAUCUUAUGCAUUCGCUUCCCGUCUGUUUACAGAGAGCCUGGGACUAUGUUCUGAAAUGCAAAACGAACAUGAGACCACACCGGGGCUUUGUGAAACAGCUCUCAGACUGGGAGAGCCAAAUCUACGGGACCACGAUCACAGACGUCUCUGAGCCAAGUUACUGA